CACCGCCGCCGCCGCUGCCCCGUCUCGUACGUCGCUGGAGGUUGUUGUCAGUCGGUUGUUGUCGGCGUUUCUCUCACACGCUCCCGCCCUUUCCCCCCUCCUCACAGACCCGCUCAUUUGAUUACCUGUUUCCUCACGGGUCGGUUACGGUCGAGGAAAUAAACGGUGGCAAAUAAUAACGUGGCGGUUUUAGUGGAGGGUUAACGCGGCCGACAGAUAAUUUUGAAAAUAAAUGAGAAACUCUCUCCCUUGUCCUAAUGUUAAAUAAUGCCUCCAGUACGUCGAUCAAGGAGUGGGAGUCCACAUUCACCGGUCAGCCCCAAAAGAAGACGACGGAACAGUAGUGGUGACAGUAAAUCCCGAAGUCCUCCAGUAAAGUCAAAUAGACCUUUCACCGGACAUUGCAGUUCUCCAUCAGUAGACAAAAAGCCAAGAAGGUCCAAGUCAAGAGAAAGAUCCAGCGCGCAUAAGUAUCAGAAUAGUAUAUACCAUAGCUCUUCCACGUCUAAAUCAAGAGAUCGAGAUGUGCGAUCACAUCAUGGAUAUUAUAACAAAAUGCAUGCAGAACACUAUGCAAAAGAGCAAGAGGAUCUACUUCGACAGAGGCAUGAAGCCUUCAUUUCCAGGCGUCUUAAAGAACGAGAAAGAAUUGGAGAACUUGGAGCUCCUGAAGUUUGGGGUAUGUCCCCAAAGGUUGGCGAGCCAGAUUCAGAUGAGCAUACUCCGGUAGAGGGUGAGAAUGCCAAAAAGAACAGCUCUGAUUCCAGUACGGAAGAGGAGAAAAAGAAGAAAAAGAAAAAGAAGAAGAAGUCAAAGAAGAGAAAACAUAAGAAGCUUUCAGAAGAGAGUGAGAGUGAAUCCAAUUCUGACAGUGACGAUAACUUAAGUGGUGAAGACAAAAAGAAGAAAAAGAAGAAAAAGAAAAGUCAUAAAAAGAAGAAGGCAAAGAAAGCCAAGAAAAACAAAAAGAAGGCGUCCGAUUCCAGUAGUGGGGAGUCUGAAGAGGAAAAUGCGAAUGGUGAAGAGAUCUGGAUAGAAAGAACUUAUGAUAACGAAAAGGAAAUUUCUAUUGGGCCGGCUGCUCCAAUGGAAUAUUCUAAUCAAGACGACGAGAAACCUUUGAAUUAUGGCCAUGCUUUACUACCUGGUGAAGGUGCCGCCAUGGCUGAAUAUGUGAAAGCUGGGAAACGUAUUCCAAGAAGAGGUGAAAUUGGUCUGACGAGCGACCAGAUUGCUUCCUUUGAAACUUCUGGUUAUGUAAUGAGCGGGAGCAGACAUCGACGUAUGGAGGCUGUGCGUCUGCGUAAAGAGAACCAGAUCUACAGUGCUGAUGAGAAGAGGGCUUUAGCCUCAUUUAACAAAGAGGAACGACAGAAGAGAGAGAACAAGAUCCUGUCUGGUUUCAGAGAAAUGGUGCACAGAAAGACCAGGGGGAAGGAAGAAAAAUAAAACUUUAAUUUUUUAUAGACAUCAAUGAAAGUUUUAUUGCUGUAAACUUGGAUCUGAAUGUUACAAAUUGUCUUCUAUUUCUGGCUGUUAUCCAUUUAAAAUUGAAUGUUUCUAAUGCUGUACACUUGAAAACUUUACUUCCUAUAAUUUUUCUAUGAGAUUGUGCUAGUUUCAAUUAAAUGCCUACCUGCUGUAAAAUUAUGAUAAAAUUGC